AUAAAGUGUUUAUAAUAUGAUAUACAAAAAAGUUUGUGUAAUAUAUUGUGAUGAGUGAGUGAGUGAGUACUGACCCGAUUCGCACCGGUAUUUCAUAUGAAUACUUAAGCUAUUAAUUAAUAAUAUACUGUAAUAUACUGUAAACUUGUCAUAAGUUUUAAAUUAACUCUUAUAUUAAGUAUUGUUUAGUAUUAUCUGAUAUAAUGGGUAACUGUAUCGCUGGUGAUAAAGUAAACGGUGAUAUAGCCAGCAAUGGUAAGGAUCAGUUUGGUUUGGAUCCUCGAUUAGGUGCCAAUUAUCGAUCAAAAGAUGAUCACAAGUCGGGUGACUCUCACGGCAACUGUCGUACGCCUCUGUCAUCGGUGUCAGCAAACGUACAAAACGCCAAACACAGCAAUAGUUCUUCGGCGGACUCACACGUGAACCGCACGCCAUCGUCAUCGCACUCUAAAGUAGUCAUUGCUUUGUAUACAUAUAAUGCCAAAGACGACGGCGACCUCUCAUUCAGAAAAGGCGAGCGCCUCCAUGUCCUCGACGAUAGUGAUCCCGACUGGUGGUUAGCUAAACAUAUGACUAACAAUCAAAAGGGAUACAUACCUAUGAAUUAUGUGGUCUCAGAAGCCAUUGAAAUGGAAGAAUGGUUUUUUGGUAAAAUUUCCCGACGAGAGGCCGAAAAAUUACUUCUUUUGGGUGAUAACCCGAGGGGUACUUUCCUUAUUAGAAAUAGUGAACAAACGGCGGGUGCUUAUUCACUAUCAAUACGAGAUUGGGAUCAAAAUAAAGGUGAUCACGUUAAGCAUUAUAAGAUCAARGCGAUGGACAACGGAGGCUAUUAUGUUACCACAAGAAAGACAUUCAGUACAUUACAAGAGUUAGUCACCUAUUAUACUGAAGGGGCUAAUGGUCUCUGUCAUGAGUUAACAAAAGCGUGUCCUAAAUCUAAACCUACUUUUUGGCCGCUGAAGAAGGAUGAGAUUGAUAGGAAAGACUUGGAAUUUACUCGUGAAUUAGGCGGAGGAAACUUCGGUAAAGUUUAUUACGGAAAGUUUAAAGGUGUUAAAGAAGUGGCCAUAAAGACAUUAAAACCGGGAACGAUGUCUCCGCAGGCAUUCCUUGAAGAGGCAGCUAUUAUGCGAAAGUGUAGACAUGAAAAGUUGGUCCCACUAUACGGUGUUUGUUCACAAGAGGAACCGCUUCUUAUAAUCACUGAAUACAUGUGCAACGGAAGUCUUUUAGAUUAUUUGCGUAACAAAGAAGGAAAGGCUCUUAAAAUACAUGACCUCUUAGAUAUGGCCGCACAAAUUGCCAGUGGAAUGGCUUAUCUUGAGGGUCAAAAAUUGAUUCACAGAGAUUUAGCCGCCAGGAAUAUAUUGGUAGAUAAAAAUAAAGUGGUCAAAGUCGCUGAUUUUGGUUUGGCCCGAGUUAUUGAGGACUCAGAGUACACCGCUAGACAGGGCGCUAAGUUUCCCAUCAAAUGGACGGCACCCGAAGCGGCUCUUUACGGAAGAUUUUCUAUUAAAUCUGAUGUUUGGAGUUACGGCAUAUUGUUAUACGAACUUAUAACCCAUGGACAGGUCCCAUAUCCGGGUAUGCAUAAUCGUGAGGUCAUAGAACAAGUAGAGCGGGGAUACCGUAUGCCAAAGCCGUCCAACUGUGAGUGUCCCGACUCUGUCUAUAAUAUAAUGAUCCACUGCUGGGAAGCGGACCCCGAAAAGAGGCCAACAUUUGAGUAUUUGUACGGAUUUUUCGAUGACUUUUUAGUGUCGGCCGAACCUAACUAUAGAGAUGCCGAAGAGUUUUAAUGUUUAUUUCGAUCAUCUUAUCAUUCCUUACCUAUUGAUUUCAUAAAUUAGUUGAUUAUUAAUUAAAAGCAACGAAAUAUUAUAUAAAUAUAAA